CAAGACGUGUUGAGCUGUUUCCCAGUCCUUCGUCGCUUUCCCUCCGCUCAGGCCUCAGCAGCAUCAGCUCCCCACCCCACCCCACGCCUCCCCUCCUCUUCCUUCAUAAGCUCACUCUCAAACGGAGGUGGAGCGGAGCUAGCUUCUGCAGGGUACCACUAGUACCAGUAACCUCUGGGGAUUUUCCUGUGAGAAGAGGGAUUGGCAUUGGACUGGACUGGAGCUUGGGGGGGAGCCAAAAGCAAAAAGAAGCCCAGGAUUAGCGUGUGGCGGAUUGCGUGGCUAUUUCGGGAGGCGAGAGAACGAGAGGCGUGGGGCCUAGGCCGGGGGAGGCGGCGGCUCCUUGGACCGGCCAUUGAUGGCGCCGUGGAGCGGCUUCUGGGGCGGCAAGCCCGGCGGCGACGCCUACCGGGGCACGCCGGUGGUGGUCAAGAUGGAGAACCCCAACUGGUCCAUCUCCGAGAUCUCCUCGCCGGAGGACGACGACGAGGACAUCUUGGCCGCCGCCGCCGCCGCCGGCCGCCGCAACAAGGGGGGCCGCACCAAGAACGCCAAGCAGAUCAGGUGGGUGCUGCUCCUCAAGGCGCACCGCGCCGCCGGGUGCCUCGCCUCGCUGGCCUCCGCCGCCGUCGCGCUCGGCGGCGCGGCCAGGCGCAGGGUGGCCGCGGGGAGGACCGACGCCGAGGCCGGCGUCGUGGCCGCCGCCGGCGAGAGCCCCGUGGUGCGCUCCAGGUUCUACGCCUUCAUCAAGGCCUUCCUCGUCGUCUCCCUGCUGCUCCUGGCCGUCGAGGUCGCCGCGUACUUCAACGGCUGGGACCUCGCCGCCUCCGCGCUCGCACUCCCCGCCAUCGGCCUCGAGUCGCUGUACGCCUCCUGGCUGCGCUUCCGCGCCACCUACGUUGCGCCGGGGAUACAGUUCCUCACCGACGCCUGCGUCGUGCUCUUCCUCAUCCAGAGCGCCGACCGACUCAUCCAGUGCCUCGGCUGCUUCUACAUUCACAUCAAGCGCAUCAAGCCCAAGCCCAGGUCGCUUGCAUUGCCUGAUGCGGAGGACCCGGAUGCCGGGUACUACCCCAUGGUACUUGUGCAGAUACCAAUGUGCAACGAGAAGGAGGUGUAUCAACAAUCAAUCGCGGCCGUGUGCAACCUUGACUGGCCCAAAUCCAACUUCUUGGUCCAGGUGUUGGAUGACUCGGACGACCCACUCACACAGACUCUGAUCAGAGAAGAGGUGGCCAAAUGGCAACAGCAGGGUGCCCGGAUUGUGUACAGGCACCGUGUGCUGAGGGAUGGUUACAAGGCUGGAAACCUCAAGUCGGCCAUGAGCUGCAGCUAUGUGAAGGAGUACGAGUUUGUUGCCAUCUUUGACGCAGACUUCCAACCUCAUCCCGACUUUCUGAAGCGCACUGUGCCACAUUUCAAGGACAAUGAUGAGCUUGGGCUAGUGCAAGCAAGAUGGUCCUUUGUCAAUAAGGAUGAGAACCUGCUGACUCGGUUGCAAUAUAUUAACCUUUGCUUCCACUUUGAGGUGGAACAGCAGGUGAAUGGAGUGUUCUUAAACUUCUUUGGGUUCAAUGGCACUGCUGGGGUGUGGAGGAUCAAGGCAUUGGAGGACUCAGGUGGAUGGUUGGAACGGACAACCGUGGAGGAUAUGGACAUUGCUGUUAGGGCACAUCUCCAUGGCUGGAAGUUUAUAUUCCUGAAUGACGUUGAGUGCCAGUGCGAAUUGCCCGAGUCUUAUGAGGCUUACAGGAAGCAGCAGCAUCGGUGGCAUUCGGGUCCAAUGCAGCUAUUCAGGCUUUGUUUACCGGACAUCAUCAAAUGCAAGAUUGCAUUUUGGAAGAAGGCGAACCUGAUAUUCCUUUUCUUCCUGCUCCGGAAGCUCAUACUGCCUUUCUACUCCUUCACGCUGUUCUGCAUCAUCCUCCCGAUGACGAUGUUCGUGCCGGAGGCCGAGCUCCCCGACUGGGUGGUGUGCUACGUCCCGGCCCUGAUGUCCCUGCUGAACAUCCUGCCGUCCCCCAAGUCGUUCCCCUUCAUCAUCCCGUACCUGCUCUUCGAGAACACCAUGUCCGUGACCAAGUUCAACGCGAUGAUCUCCGGGCUGUUCCAGCUGGGGAGCGCGUACGAGUGGGUGGUGACCAAGAAGUCGGGCCGCUCGUCGGAGGGCGACCUCAUCGCGCUGGCCCCGCCCAAGGAGCCUGUGAAGCACGCGACGAGGACGGGCUCCGCGCCGAACCUCGACGCCGUCGCCAAGGAGGAGCAACAGCAGCAGCAGCUGGCGGCGUCGAGGAAGGACGCCGCCGCGAAGAAGAAGGAGAAGCACAACCGGAUAUACAAGAAGGAGCUGGCGCUGUCGAUGCUGCUCCUGACCGCGGCCGCCCGGAGCCUGCUGUCGAAGCAGGGCAUACACUUCUACUUCCUCCUGUUCCAGGGCGUGUCCUUCUUGCUAGUAGGCCUUGACCUCAUAGGCGAGCAGGUCGAGUGAAAUGUGUAAAACAGGAAAUUGAUAGGUGUGGGGAAAAAAAAACGGUGAGUCACCAUGGAUGGAAGUGCUGGGAGAGGAGGGGGAUGUGUUAUUUCUGGCUGGCUGCCAUGGCACGGCGGCAUGGCAUGGCAUGGCAGCAGCUCUUGGGCGCUUCUUGGCUGAGAUUCGGAACAUGCGUUGUGCGGUUGAGCCUUCCCGGAUCUGUCCUGGCUGCACGGCAUGGUAUCCCACACGUGAGAGAGCAACCUCCUCCGCCUGUACGGAGGUGUAGAUACAGUUUUCUCUUGUUUUUUCAUGUGUGUGGGCCUGUUCGCCUGUACGAAUGGUGAAGGUAAACAGAGAGUCGCCGCUGGAUUAGGGAGA